UAUCAUGGCGACAAGGACACAGUAUGGUGUGAUUAUGGUCUGUGGGCAUAUGAAUUCACACAACAGCUGAAACAGGUCACUGAAAUAUUCUUUAGAGCCCUGAAACGUCAUCCCUCUUCCGAAGUUAUCAAUUUGGCAUUUUUCGAUAUAUUGAUAAAAGAAACGGCCCGCAUCACAGAUGUUAGUAAUGCUAUAGAUCUAAUGGAGAGACAAUUGGGUUUGGAAAGAGCUGUUCUGCUAUAUCGUAAUACAAAAACGAAAAUAAAAAAUGUCAGUUAUUAUCUCAAACUGUUGGAAAGAUGUGAAGAACCCACCUACAUCAAUUGUACUGUCCUGUUGCAAAAGGAGAUCAUUGAAGAUAUUAUGAAGAACUUUUUCGCCGAACCAAUGGUUUGGGAUUUUUUGGCACAGCGCGAAUUGCGUGGUUAUAAUAUGAUUGAUUUACAAGAAGUAACCUCAAAACAAGUUGCCGAACUGCAGGAACAACAAAUGCAAACAGAUGGUAAUAUGCCACAGGAGACUAUUUGGAAACCGCAUAGCCUUAAGUUACGUAUUGAGUUGUGUUUUAAGGUCUAUGAAAAAGCCGUGGCCGCUCUGCCCACCGAAGAGAUGUGGUCAUAUUUUAUUAAUGCCAUGCUCGAUUUAAAUCAAGAUGUUAAGUCCGAGGGUGAUGUUAAACGCUAUUGUUUGGCCAAGGCCUUCAAUAUGGGUCACAAGUCACAGCUCAUGAGUGUGGUCCAUUAUCAGGCUUUGGUGGAAAUGUUACUAAAAUCUCCAAAUGGCCAGACGCAAAUUGAAACGAUACUACAAGAAGCUUUGGAAUAUAAAAAGGCAGAAGCCCAUAAAAUCUAUGAGUUGUGGAUGCAGGUUUAUAGUAAAACUUCCAAUGAAUCGAAAUUCUAUGAAAUCUUUUGUCGAGCCAACAAAGAAUUGGGUGUAACACGCUGCAUACAGCUAUGGCAUUUGGCCAUUAAAUUUUACGAGGCCUACAGCGAAGAACAUGGCAAAAAGUUGUUGGUCAUACUGCAGGAGGCUGCCAAACAAAUUCAUCCCGAAUUUGCAACAUUCCGUUCAUAUUAUUUGGAAUACACCAUGCGUAAUGAAACGUUGAAGAGGACGCGGGAGCUAUACGAUGAAAUGUGUCAAAUGCCACCGCCAUGUUUGGAGCUGCAUAAGAAAAUGGCUGAAAUUGAAAUGCAGGCUAAGACGAAGAACUCUAACAUUUCCCGCCUACGUUUGUGCUAUGAAAACGCCGUACACUAUUUUGGCAAAACCAACACUGAUGUUUGGUUAGAUUUGCUGAAAUUUGAACGUGACAUGGGCGAUUUUAAACUAAUGUCAGUUAUCUAUGAUAGAGCAAAGUCUACAUUGGACCCGGAAUUGGUUGAUUCAUUUAUUGCCGAAUAUUCAUUGUUGAAAGUUUUAAAAUGAC